CACACGUUGGGAUUUUGGUUUACGCGAACAAGUAAAAAACUAAAAACUAAAAAAUUAAUAAUAACAAACAAGAACGACAACAGUACACACACCACAACACCCAAUUAUUUACCAUAUUAUACUUUUUAAUGACAACACCUUGCUACUGAUGUGUGAUGAUAUUUCGGCGAUUUUGUUUCAAUAUUUAUACAGCUCAUUCAUACUUACAAUUACUCAUUUACGGCACGUUCAGUACACUCGAAAUCAACGAAAUAAAAAUGUUUCAAAUGUCCUUAGUCAAAUUAUUCUUGGUGAUUCUUGUAGCUGCGUCGCUGGGCGCCUUUUGGUUUCUAGACUCAGUGUUUUAUCACUGGGACCGAGUAUUGCCUCAGCCCGAAGAAACAGUUGUUGAAACAGUGCCAGAAUCCUCAAAAAAUGUCACGACUUUCAAUAAGCCCAAAGAAUUUGUUCCGACUAACGAAUGGCAGAUAAUCGAUGGCGAUCAACUUAUUCCUCCUGGACUUCAUGUACAAAUUGAUCUUCAGACUGGUGAGAAAAAAGUAAAAUUAAUGGAGGACAAUAAAAAUAACAAUACUAAUAGUUUGGCCAUUACAAACUCCAAUAACGCAGAUAAUGUUAAAGAUACGAAUAGUCUGCCAGGCAAUUCACAUAAAUUUAGAUCAUAUGAAGAGCUUAAAGAUGAUCUUAAAGAUUUAAAUAUGACUAUAAAAAGUGAUAUGGAUAUCAUGGGUGAACUUUCUAAGAAAUUUCAAGAACAACUAAAAUUAUAUGAAGAUAGUGAUAAAAAUCUUCAGAAUAUUUUAACUGAUCUUGAAUAUCUCUUACAUCAAGUUGAUACAGCAGAAGUUUUUGUAAAAAACAAAGGGAUUCAAUUAAUUAUAAUUCCUUGCAUUAAUAGUAACUCAAGUUUUAUGAAAGCACAGGGAGCACUGCUCCUUGGUUCUGCUGCUUCUAAUAAUCAAAAAGUUCAAAUUGCCUCUUUAGAAAGUCAUGCUAUACCACUUUUAUUAAAAUAUAUAGAUGAUGAAUAUACGUUUUUUGUUCAAAAAAAUUGUAUCUUUGCUUUAUCAUCAAUUACUAGACGAUUCCCCUUAGCACAAAAACAAUUAAUAGAUAAUAAUGGUAUCCAAACUUUCUUGUCUGUAUUUAAAAGGCCUACAAGCGAAUUAAAUACUAAACUUAAGUUAAAAGUUACUCAACUUUUAGAAGACUUAACUAUAGAAAUUGAAGAUGCUAAACUAACAUUCAAAGAAGAAACUAAUAAGAAGUUAAGCACCGAGGCUUCUGAAAGAGUUCGUCAGUAUGAUGAUUUGCACUUGAAAGACGUACUUGAUAAAAAUGGGUGGUGUAACAUUUUGGGCAACGAGUUUAUUGCACUCUCUAAUCGAACACCACUUGAUGAAGAAAACCAUGAAAUGGUUGAAGCUUCUGGAAAAUCAUUAUUAGCAAUGCAAAAAUUAUGCAAAGUUAAAUUACAAGGGAAUAAGGAUUUAUAUCAAUCAUUUUACACAUUAGAAACUUAUUACAAACAAUUACGCCAAAAUGAUGUCUUUUAUGAUGAAUUAUAUCAGUUAACAACCGAGUUGACUAACACUUAUAACCCUGUAUUAGAAUAGUUUAAUGUUGUUUUGUUUAGAUUAUAAAUUUAUGAAUUUAUGUGUAACUAAUUAUCUAAUAUAUUAAUUAUUUUUUUCUGUGAUAUAAUUUAUAUUUAGUUUUUAAUUUAUCGAAAUAACAUAUUUAUUUGAGAAGGUUUUAUACUUAGUGGUUGUUAAUUAUUUGGAUCAUAAUAUAUACAUAAAAAAAAAAAUA